CUCAUUAUUAACUCAAACACAAUCUCAGUAGACACUUACAAUUACAAAAAAAAUAUCACUUAGCUUCAACAACUGAAAAAAUGGCUUCACUUCGAUGUUUAUCGAUUGCUCUCUUCUUCAUUUUUGCUAAUCAGUGUACCUCUCGCGAGCUUCAAGAUUUAACAAUGGCGGAAAGGCACGAUCAAUGGCUUGCAGAGUAUGGAAAGUCUUAUAAGAAUGGCGAAGAGAAAUUAAAAAGGUUUAAAAUAUUCAAGAACAAUGUUGAGUUCAUUGAGAAAUUUAAUACCGGUGGUGAAGAAUCAUAUAAGUUAGGGAUUAAUCAGUUUGCUGAUUUAACUAAUGAAGAGUUUAGAGCUUCAUGGACUACUUAUAAGAGAUCGUCACCUGGUAGUUUAUCAAUGGCGGUAACACCAUUUAAGUAUGAAAAUGUUACUUAUCCACCAUCUGCCAUAGACUGGACAGAAAAACAUGCUGUUACUAGUAUCAAAGAUCAGGGAACUUGCGGAAGUUGUUGGGCUUUCUCAGCCGUGGGAGCAACCGAAGGACUUCGUAAAAUAACAAAAAACGAUUUAACAUCUCUAUCAGUACAAGAGCUUGUAGAUUGCGACACUAAUGGUGCUGACAAAGGUUGUAAAGGGGGUUCAAUGGAGGAUGCUUUUAAGUUCAUUAUAAACAAUCGUGGAAUCACUAGUGACAUUAAAUAUCCAUACAAAGGAGUCGGUCAAAAAUGCGACCCUAAAAAGGUGACUUCGCGAAUUGCAACAAUCACCGGAUACCAAAAAGUUCCAGCGAACAGUGAAAAAGAUUUGAUGAAGGCAGUGGCUAAUCAGCCUGUGGCGGUGGCGAUUGAUGCUGGUUCAACCACCUUUCAGUUCUACUCCACUGGUGUUUAUAGAGGAGCUUGUGGAACCAAUGUAAACCAUGGGGUUUUAGCCGUCGGAUAUGGCCAGACAAAUACGGCAACAAAGUAUUGGCUGGUGAAGAAUUCGUGGGGAAAGAAAUGGGGAGAGAAAGGAUUUGUGAGAAUGGAGAAAAACGUGCAGUCCAAGGAAGGUCUUUGUGGUAUAGCCACGGAUUGCUCGUAUCCACUAGCUUAGUUUUUUUAUUUAUUAUCAAUGUUUUAGGAAUAAUUUUUUUUUUUUUAGAAUUUCGAUCAACUUUAUCAUUUUGUUCUUGAUUGAGUGAUAAUCGAGAAGGUGAUGAAAUUAAUUUUCCUUUCAAUUGAAAUAUGCAUUAUUCCUUCUAACA